AUGGAGGUACAACUAUUAUUUGCUAAGGCAUCCAAAUGUGAGUUUGGAAUGAUGAAAAUUCUAUAUCUGGGGCAUGUGAUAGGGGCUAAUGGAGUCAAGGUGCACCAGGAAAAGAUUCAAGUGAUAGUCGAUUGGCCCCCACCUAGGAAUGUUUCAGACUUGAGGGGAUUCCUUGGGCUUUAUUCUUAUUACAGGAGAUUCAUCAAGAGAUUCUCUCAGCUUGCAGCUCCCCUUACAGACCUCACACGAAAGGGUGCAUUUGGUUGGUCAGAUGAUGCACAGGGAACAUUUGAUAGGCUUAAGGAGGUUAUGUGUACUUGUCUUGUGCUAGCUCUUCCUGAUUUCUCUUUGCCAUUUGUGUUAGAAUGUGAUACUUUAGGUGAGGGAAUUGGUGCAGUACUCAUGCUGAAAGACAUCCCAUUGCCUAUGAGAAUAGAAAGUUGA